UCUUUCGAUGCACAGGAGGUAAUAUUUAUUUAUUCUUACAAGAUAUGAUUAACCUGAUCGAAUGCAAUUUUGCUAAAUAUUUUGAAAGAGACUGAGCUCUUAUGGAUACAUUUGGAAUUUGAUAGCAAACGUUUUAAAUAAAACUCGUAGUGCCAGAUCCUUACUUAGUUGUCCAGUGUAUGGAACCCGUUUUAUCCUAGUAUCCAGGAACAACAUGUUUAUGCAUGUACUCGCCGCAUCUAUUUUGUGUAUAAGAAUUAUAAUCUCCUGUGACGUCCACGUUUGUUUGACAUGGGAGGCUGAAAACGAGAAAAUAACCUUCAAAUGUAGAGUUAGCCGACUAAAAUGGAGACUUUACUUUUAUAAUCCUGAUAACAAAGAAGAAGGACAUUGUUUAAAUCCAAUACCUUUCCCUUUAUGUUAUUCGUCAAACAACAACGUCAUAUCUCAAGAUCUUCGAACAAACACAACUGUACUUCUCAUACAUGGACAUGUUAAAAAAAAACUCAUUGGUACUUGGAAAUGUGUUCAUGGUACCGAGAGAGAUAAGGCAUUUGUUAAUGUCUCCGUCAUAAAUACAGAUCACUGUGUUGAGGAACAUUUGGCUUGGACAUUUAUUGGCGGUAUGAUAUGCGUAACUAUACUUCUAAUAAUCAGAAUAGCUGUAAACAUAAACAAGGACAAGCUUGAGUCAUUUCUAGAGGAAAGGGAAUGUAGAAGAGAUGACUUUUGUUGGAAGAACUUCUGUGUGUUUCACUCUAAUGUUCGCUUUGGUCUUUCAAAACUAUUUAUUGGGAUAACAUUGUUUAGUCUCGGCAUUAUUAUUCCUUUAUAUAUUGGACUGCUGCAAAAGAAUUGCAAAGAUAAAUACUUUUUCCUAAUUUAUGGAUUUUGGGUUGUUCUGAUGUUUGUGCUAUGUAAUUUAUUGCCAAGAAAAAGAAACAGAUUGGGUAAACAACCUGAACAAUCUGAACGAUCCAGUUUAAACAUCGAUCCAAAUAGUCAAGAAACUGACGAUAAAGAUUAAAGAAGAAUGUAAACAAUGUACAUGAUGUAGCCGGAAUUUGAAGAAAAUUGACACGUAUCUAUAGUUCAAUUAAAAUCCUUCAUAAUUGUAGUGCUAUUUUGUCUAGAAUGUGUAACUUAGAUUAGAAUUAUAUUCUUUAUGCUGAAAGUAAGUUGAAAAAAUAAAUAAGUGAAAAGACAUUGAUUUUAUUCAAAAGUCAUGACCAGUAUUACACAAGUUUAAAUGGCUGAAAGAUUAGUUCUUGCACAUAAACUACAUUAUCGCCCCUUUAUUGUUUUGUUACAGUUUAUAUUCGAAUCAAAAUAUCGACUCCCUAUUCAAUUGGUUUAAACAGACUAACAUGUUGGGUCAAAAGUUAAAAUUUGUCGUCGGCAGAUCAUUUCUACAAGAUUUAUUCAUAAACAGAAAGUCACAACAUUGAGGAAGUGCCUUUAUGGUACAUACCUGACAUAUUAUUAUUUAUUAGUUUUAAUCCUUUAAUUCAAUUCUUUAGACAAUCUUAUCCAUAACCUCUUAAUCAAAUGUAAAUUUAAAUUCAUAAAA